GAGAGGCUCGUCUCAGGCCCCGUACCGCGGGCGUAGCAGCCCUCGAGCAGACGAGGAGAGGCGGGGCCUGUUCAAGAGCGAGCAGCACGCGCCCCUCCCGCUGCAGAAGAUCCACAUGACCUCAGAGAACCAGCUGCAGGUCAAGGAGCUGCUGAGGGAACUGCAGAGCCAGGAGUACAGCGGCCAACACAGUGAGUCAGGCUCAGACUACGACUAUGAGGAAGGGGAGGAGGAGGAAGAGGAGGAGGAGGAGGAGUUUGAUGAGCUGGACGUGCGUGAUGAAGGGCAGUACUGGAACACGCGGGACGAAGGGCUGGAGAGCGCUCAGACCGACGACUACGAGCUCGAGGAGUUGACCGACAGGGAUGCACACACACCGGAGCCUGUCGCCUCUCUCUUCGCUCUGGGGACGCUUAGCAGGUACGGUUUUGAUCGUGAGCGCAGCCGGCGUGUUUUGGAGGCGGGGCCAGGUGAGGUGGGCGGGACCCUAGAGCUCCUCCUCCAGCAGCUGUUCUCGGAACGCUACGGCGCCGACGCGCUCUCCCCCGCGACCCCUGACCCCCCGUCGCCCUCCGACUGCGCCGGCGUCCGCGAGGAGGAGGCCUUCGCGCUCGACGCCAUCUACGGAGAACGCUUCGUCCAGCGCAUCGCCGACCACGUCUGGACCGUCGACCUGCAGCUCGAUUGGCUCGCCGACGCCGCCGCCGACGCCGCUCAAAGCUCGGCCGGAUCGACCAAUCGGGGCAAGCAGGGGGCGGGCUCGGGCUCGUCCUCCCAGGUGUGCAAGUUCUACCUGAAGGGCGCGGGGUGCAAGUUCGGCGAGCGCUGUCGCUUUCGGCACCAGCUGGCGGGGGACGAUCAGGGUCCGGUGCCCGCGCUGAGGGGCACGCAGGCGGGCAUCAGCAGCGCCGACGCCCCCCUGUACCAGCUGGAGGUGCGCUUCCCGCCCGGCAGCCGCUACCCUCACCAGCCCCCCCUGGUGGCCUUCUGCACCAACGACGCCUCUCUCCCGUUGGCCGGGCGCCUCAGCUUGACGGAGUACCUGUUCGGCCUAUCGCUGAGCGCCGCGCAAGAGGCGGAGCCGGUGGUCUACACGCUGCUCUCAACCCUCGAGGAGGAGCAGCCAAUCAGGGACCUGCUGUCAGUCACGCAUCACAAAUACAGCUCCCCGCCCCCAGUCAUCGUCCCGCCCCCAAACAUGACGGCAAAGACCAAGACCCAAACGGUCGCUCCAGCGACAGCAUCCAAGCCAACGGCUGCCCCGACGACGGUGUCCAAGCCAACGGCUGCCCCGACGACGGUGUCCAAGCCAACGGCUGCCCCGACGACGGUGUCUAAACCAGCCUCCGCAACGAUCAAUAGCGUCAGAAACAGACACCAGGAGGAGGAGAGAGUGUGUGAGGAGGAGCUGGAGGAAGAGGAGGAUGAGGGUGAGGAAGAGGAGGUUCAGGCGGUUCCGGUGGAGAGCGAGAGCUACGUCAACUUCAGGAAGAGGAUGGAGAAGAGGGCGGAGACCAGGCCUCAGGACAUGGAGCACGACAACAAGAAACUACGCAGGGACUUCAAAAGGAAACAGUCGUCCAGGCGGUACCUGUCUCUGCAGCAGCAGCGGCACAAGCUGCCCGUGUGGAAGGAGAGGCGGAACAUCUUACACACUCUGGACCAGAACCAGGUGCUGGUGAUCAGCGGCAUGACCGGCUGUGGAAAGACCACUCAGAUCCCGCAGUUCAUCCUGGACGAGUCUCUGAACGGUCACCGUGUGGCCAACAUCAUCUGCACGCAGCCGCGACGCAUCUCUGCCAUCGCCGUGGCAACCCGUGUGGCGGAGGAGCGGGCGGAGCCGCUGGGGAACUCCACCGGGUACCAGAUACGCCUGGAGACCGUGCGGUCCUCCAGCACUAGGCUGCUGUUCUGCACCACUGGGGUUCUGCUGAGACGUCUGGAGGGGGACGCAGAGCUGAGUGGAGUCACACACGUCAUCGUGGACGAGGUGCAUGAACGCACUGAGGAGAGUGACUUCCUGCUGUUGAUUCUGAAGGAUCUGAUUCUGCAGAGGUCAGAUCUGAAGGUCAUCUUGAUGAGCGCCACGCUCAACGCCGAGCUCUUCUCCGAGUACUUCCACGGCAGCCCCUCCGUCCACAUACCAGGACGUACAUUCCCUGUGGACCAGUUUUUCCUGGAGGAUGCUCUCGCUAAAACAAGGUUCGUGCUGGAGGACGGCAGUCCGUACCGGCGCUCGGGCAAACCCGGCGGCCAGUCCAGCCGCGGCGGAGCGGGCAGUAAGGGGCGGGCGCCGCUCGAUGACCCGGACGACGAUGACGGCUGGUCCUUCGGCUCGUUCGCCAGGAAGGACGCCGUGAAAGACACCAUCCCUGACGAGCAGCUGAGCUUGCCGGACCUCCAGAUCCGAUACAAGAGCUGCUCGAAGUCUGUGCUGAAGAACUUGGCCAACAUGGACCUGGAGAAGAUCAACAUGGACCUGCUGGAGGACCUGCUGGAGUGGAUAGUGGACGGAGAUCACGACUACCCACCAGGUGCCGUGCUGGUGUUCCUCCCUGGCAUGGCAGAGAUCAAACAGCUCUAUGAGCAGCUUCAGUCCAACAGGAUGUUCAACAAUAGAACAGCAAAGAGGUGUGCGGUGUACCCUCUCCACUCGUCCUUGUCCAAUGAGGAGCAGCAGGCCGUAUUUAAUCGUCCGCCAGAGGGCGUCACUAAGAUCAUCAUCUCCACCAACAUCGCCGAGACCUCCGUCACCAUCGACGACGUCGUCUAUGUCAUCGACUCCGGACGCAUGAAGGAGAAGAGGUACGACGCCAGCCGCAGCAUGGAGAGCCUGGAGGACGUGUGGGUGUCGCGUGCGAACGCUCUGCAGCGGCGGGGGAGGGCGGGGCGUGUGGCCUCAGGUGUGUGUUUCCACCUGUUCACCAGCCACCGCUACACACACCACCUGAGCCCCCAGCAGCUGCCCGAGAUCCUCCGCGCCCCAUUGGAGCAGCUCUGCCUCAGGGUGAAGGUGUUGGAGGUGUUUGCUGCGCGCACGCUGGACUCGGUGUUCUGUCGCCUGAUUGAGCCGCCGUCGGAGGAGAGUCUGAGCGCGGCGCGGCAGCGGCUGUGUGACCUGGGCGCGCUGACGCCCGCCGAGGCCCUGACGCCGCUGGGGUGGCACCUGGCAUGCCUGCCCGUCGACGUGCGCAUCGGCAAGCUCAUGCUGCUGGGCACCAUCUUCCGCUGCUUGGACCCCGCGCUCACCAUCGCCGCCAGCCUGGCCUUCAAGAGCCCCUUCGUGUCUCCGUGGGAUAAGAGAGAGGAGGCAAAUGAGAGGAAGUUGAGUUUUGCUUUAGCCAACAGUGACCAUCUGGCCCUGCUCCAGGCUUACAAGGGCUGGUGCACGGCUGCAAAGAACAGCACGAGUGCAGGAUACCAGUACUGCAGGGAGAACUUCCUGUCUGCACGGGGACUACAGGAGAUUUCCAGUCUGAAGAGGCAGUUUGCUGAGCUGCUGUCGGACAUUGGCUUUGUGAAGGAGGGACUGAAGGCCAGAGUCAUCGAGAGGAGGAGCUCCAAGGGGACCGACGGAGUACUGGAGGCAACAGGACACGAGGCCAACCUGAAUGCUGACAACACCAGGCUGAUGUCUGCCAUGCUGUGUGCUGCCCUCUACCCCAACGUAGUGCAGGUCCGUUCUCCGCAGGGUAAGUACAAGCAGACGAGUAAGGGGGCGGUGAAGAUGCAGCCCAAAGCAGACGAACUCCGAUUCCUCACCAAGGACGAUGGAGCCGUACACAUCCACCCCUCAUCCAUCAACUACACGGUGCGUCACUAUGACAGCCCGUACCUGGUGUACCAUGAGAAGGUGCGCACGAGCCGCGUGUUCAUCCGGGACUGCAGCAUGGUGAGUGUGUAUCCGCUCGUGCUCUUCGGCGGCGGCCAGGUCAGCGUGGAGCUCCAGCGAGGCCAGUUCAUCGUCUCCCUCGACGACGGCUGGAUCAAGUUUGCUGCCGCCUCACACCAGGUGGCCGAGCUGGUUAAAGAGUUGAGAUGGGAGCUGGAUCAGCUGCUGGAGGAGAAGAUCAAGAACCCCAGCAUGGACCUGAUCACCUGCCCCCGAGGAUCACGCAUCAUACACACCAUCGUCUCACUCAUCUCCACACAAUAACACACACACACACACACACACACACACACACACACACACACACACACACACACCAGCAUGGACCUGAUCACCUGCCCCCGGGGAUCACGCAUCAUACACACCAUCGUCUCACUCAUCUCCACACAAUAACACACACACACACACACACACACACACACACACACACACACACACACACACACACACACACCAGCAUGGACCUGAUCACCUGCCCCCGGGGAUCACGCAUCAUACACACCAUCGUCUCACUCAUCUCCACACAAUAACACACACACACACACACACACACACACACACACACACACACCAGCAUGGACCUGAUCACCUGCCCCCGGGGAUCACGCAUCAUACACACCAUCGUCUCACUCAUCUCCACACAAUAACACACACACACACACACACACACACACACACACACCAGCAUGGACCUGAUCACCUGCCCCCGAGGGUCCCGCAUCAUACACACCAUCGUCUCACUCAUCUCCACACAAUAACACACACACACACACACACACACACACACACACACACCAUACACACACACACACGCAUCGUCUCACUCAUCUCCACACAAUAACACACACACACACACACACACACACACACACACACCAUCGUCUCACUCAUCUCCACACAAUAACACACACACACACGCAUGCGCAUCAUACACACCAUCGUUUCACUCAUCUCCACACAAUAACACACACACACACACGUGCACAUCAUACACACCAUCGUUUCACUCAUCUCCACACGCACACACACACACACACACAUCCUGAUCACAUGCACUGUAUGCCCACAGUAUCCCUGAUGCCAGCCUUGGGUUAGCAACACAACUCCCUUCAUCUGGCCCCCCUGGCACGGCGCAUAUAGUGCCCCCCCCCCCCCCCCUGAAUUUAAAGACCUGACACUAAUGUGUGUGUGUCUGUACGGUUUAUGCUCAUGAGAGUUUAGGUGUUUACAGCAUCUGAGCAGGCCACAGCCCCACCUGUAGUUCCACAACCCCACCUGCCCGUCUCUGUUGCCAAAUGUAUCAACAUUUAAGUUAUGAGCACUUAAAAGAUUGUGUGUGUGUGUGUGUGUGUGCACGAGGCUUUCAAGCCUCUGUGGAUUACGGCAGGUUUAUAAAACAAGAAUGAGAUGAUGAAUUUAAAGACUUGACACUUAAGUGUGUGUGUGUGUGUGUGUGGCCACUUAGGUCACGUUUUCUAUGUAUUGGUAUUUGCUUGUGUGAUCAAGAGCACAAGCUAGCAGUUAGAGGCGUCCAUAUUGGAUCCGGAGUCUCCUUCAUGAAUUCCACUUCUUAUUAUUAUGGGAUGCAAUGGGGGGUCUGUUUCCACGCAUCAUACUAAUGAUGGUAUUUAAGUCUAGAAGAGCUCCCUGAACUACGAUACACACGCCAUCUGUAGUGUGUGUGUGUUAUGUGAAGCGAGCUCUUAAUAAAUAAAUGAGAGAA